UUGUGUGAAGCAGGAUGUUGUUCUACCUGAACACACUUAGCUAAGGAUUCCAACAGUUUCUCUGAGUCAGACUCAAACUGAGAGAGUCUCAAUCAAACUGGUCAUGUGUCUGUGUGUGUGUGUGUGUGUGUGUAUGUGUGUACUGCAGGUACUGAACCAGGUGCAUCCUAACCUGGUGUCCCAGCAAGAGGCACUGCAGUACAUCGAAGAGCUGAUCCUGCUGCUGCUCAGCAUGCUGUGUCAGGCGCAACCUCGCACUGUGCAGGACGUAGAGGAGCGGGUCCAGAAGAGUUUUCCUCACCCGAUUGAUAAGUGGGCGAUCGCUGACGCUCAGGCCGCCAUCGAGAAGAGGAAGAGGAGGAACCCACUGGCUCUGCCUGUCGACAAGAUCCACCCACUGCUGAAGGAGGUGCUGGGUUAUAAGAUCGACCACCAGGUGUCAGUCUACAUGGUGGCGGUGCUGGAGUACAUCUCUGCAGACAUCCUGAAGCUGGCCGGGAACUACGUCAGGAACAUCCGUCACUAUGAGAUCUCCCAGCAGGACAUCACUGUGGCCAUGUGUGCAGACAAGGUGCUGAUGGACAUGUUCCACCAGGACGAGGAGGACAUCAGUGGGUUUCCUCUCAUGGAUGAGGAGCCAUCAGCUAAUGAGGAGCAGAGUUACUAUGAGCUGGUGAGGAGCUUCAUGUCAGACGGCCGCACAUACCUGAGACAGCUCAACCUGCUUAUCAAGGUGUUCAGAGAGCCCUUCAUCUCAAGCACCAUGCUCUACUCCCAACAUGACGUGGACAGUGUCUUCAGUCGUAUCGUGGACAUCCAUGAGGUCACAGUGAAGUUGUUGGGGUUGAUCGAGGACACGGUGGAGAUGACCGAUGAAGGGAGUCCUCACCCUCUGGUAGGGAGCUGCUUCGAGGACCUGGCUGAGGAGUUGGCCUUUGACCCGUAUGAGACGUACACUCAGGACAUCCUGCGCUCUGGUUUCCAUGAACACUUCUUGAGUCAGGUGUCCAAACCAGGUGCUUCGUUCCACCUGCAGUCCAUCUGUGAAGGUUUCAAAGAGGCUGUUCAGUACGUCCUGCCCAGACUGCUGCUCACACCUGUGUACCACUGCCUCCACCUGUUCGAGAUCCUCAAGCAACUGGAGGAGAAAAGUGAGGAAGAGGAGGAUAAAGAGUGUCUGAAGCAGGCCAUCACCGCCCUGCUGAACCUGCAGAGCAGCAUGGAGAGGAUCUGCUCCAGGAGCCUGGCCAAGAGGAGGCUCAGCGAGUCGGCGUGCCGGUUCUACAGCCAUCAGAUGAAGGGGAAGCACCUCGCGAUCAAGAAGAUGAACGAGAUCCAGAAGAACAUCGACGGCUGGGAGGGAAAGGACAUCGGCCAAUGCUGCAACGAGUUCAUCAUGGAGGGUACGCUGACCCGGGUCGGGGCCAAACACGAACGCCACAUCUUUCUGUUUGACGGCCUCAUGAUCUGCUGCAAGUCCAACCACGGCCCGCCACGGUUACCGGGCGCCGGCUCCACCGCAGAGUACCGGCUCAAAGAAAAGUUCUUCAUGCGCAAAGUCCAGAUCAACGACAAGGACGACAAAGAAGGCGAGUAUCGUCACGCCUUCGAGAUCAUCCUGAAGGACGGGAACAGCGUGGUGUUCGCCGCCAAGUCCGCCGAGGAGAAGAACGGCUGGAUGGCGGCGCUGAUCUCGCUGCAGUACCGCAGCACGCUGGAGCGCAUGCUGGACUCGGCCAUGCUGCAAGAGGAGAAGGAGGAGCAAAUGAGGCUGCCGGGAUCAGAACUAUACCGAUUCACCGAGCCGGACUCCGAGGAGAACAUCGUGUUUGAGGAGAACGUCCAGUCCAAGUCCGGGAUCCCCAUCAUCAAAGCAGGGACAGUCCUAAAACUGAUCGAGAGGCUCACCUUCCACAUGUACGCAGAUCCAAACUUUGUCCGAACAUUUCUGACCACCUACAGGUCGUUCUGCAAACCUCAGGAGCUGCUGGACCUGCUCAUCGAAAGGUUUGAGAUCCCUGAGCCGAGGCCGAGCGAGGUGGAUCAGAUGGAGGGGGCGGAGCAGCCGCUUAGUGCAGAGCUGAAACGAUUCCGUAAAGAGUUUGUUCAACCUGUCCAGCUCAGAGUACUGAAUGUGUGUCGUCAUUGGGUGGAGCAUCACUUCUACGACUUUGAGAGAGACGCUCACCUGCUGAGGCAGCUGGAAGAGUUCAUCGCCUCCGUCAGAGGUAAAGCAAUGAGGAAAUGGGUGGAGUCUAUCACUAAGAUCAUUCAGAGGAAGAAACAGGUACAGGUGAGCAUGCCCAGUCACAGCAUCACCUUCCAGAACUCUCCUCCUCCCAUCGAGUGGCACACCUGUAAACCAGGUAACAUGGAGCAGUUUGACCUGAUGACGCUGCACCCCAUCGAGAUCGCUCGCCAGCUCACCUUACUGGAGUCUGACCUCUACCGGGCGGUGCAGCCCUCAGAGCUGGUGGGCAGUGUGUGGACAAAAGAGGACAAAGAGCUUCACUCUCCGAACCUGCUGAGGAUGAUUCGACACACCACCAACCUCACCCUGUGGUUUGAAAAGUGUAUCGUAGAGACUGAGAACCUGGAGGAGCGUGUGGCGGUCGUGUCCCGGAUCAUUGAGAUCCUUCAGGUGUUUCAGGAGUUGAAUAACUUUAACGGCGUGCUGGAGGUGGUCAGCGCCAUGAACUCAUCUCCCGUCUACAGGCUGGACCACACCUUUGAGCAAAUCCCGAGUCGUCAGAGGAAGAUCCUGGAGGAGGCUCACGAGCUCAGCGAGGACCACUAUAAGAAGUAUCUGGCCAAGUUGAGGUCCAUCAACCCCCCCUGUGUCCCCUUCUUCGGUAUCUACCUGACCAACAUCCUGAAGACAGAGGAGGGAAACCCGGACUUCCUGAGGCGGCACGGCAAAGACCUGAUCAACUUCAGCAAAAGAAGGAAGGUGGCCGAGAUCACCGGGGAGAUCCAGCAGUACCAGAACCAGCCGUACUGUCUGCGGGGCGAGAGCGACAUCAGGAAGUUCUUCGAGAACCUGAACCCGAUGGAGGACCUGUCCGAGAAAGACUUUGCAGACCACCUGUUCAACAAAUCGCUGGAGAUCGAACCUCGAAACGCCCGCUCCUUACCUCGCUUUGUAAAGAAAUACACCUGUCCUCUCAAGUCUCCGGGUAUCCGGCCCUCUUCAGCCAGACCUGGAACCAUGCGUCAUCCGACACCACUUCAAAACGAGCCCAGGAAGAUCAGCUACAGCCGCAUACCUGACAGUGAGGCAGAGGGUGGUGCUGUCUCCGCCCCCAACUCCCCCCGAACACCCCUGACUCCGCCUCCAGCCUCCGCCGCCUCCAGCUCAACUGAUGUGGGCAGUGUGUUUGAUUCUCCGCAGGGUCCCAGCAGCCCGUUCCACUCCAGGUCAUCAUCUGUGUCGUCAAUGGUGAGUUUCAGUCGUGGUUCUGAGGAAGUUCCUGUUCCUCCCCCGGUUCCUCCUCGAAGACGUCCCGAGUCAGCGCCUGCUGAGUCGUCUCCGUCAAAGAUGAUGUCGAAGUUGGACAGCCCCCCGGCGGUUCCCCCUCGUCAGCCCACCUGUAAGCUCCUCCACCCACGUUACUCCUCGUUGUCGUCCUCCCCCCCGGACAGCCCUCCAUGUCUCCCCCCUCGGGAGCCCCUUGCCUCCCCCCUGCACCUCCUCCCGCCCCCUCAGGGCCGCCCUCGCUGUGACAUGUUGCCUCAGGCCUUUUUUCCCUCGACAACGUGCUCCUCCCCCUCCAUAAACUCCACCCCUAUUGCAACCUCACCCCCUCUGCCUACGCCUGCCAACCCCUGCUCCACCCCUUGCUCCAAGAAGAUGCCCCUCCCAUCUCCACCCCUCCCCCUACUGCCCCUGGAUGGUCCCCCUGUGCCCCCCAGGCAUGGUGUUCCCAAACUCCCCCCUAAGACUUACAAGAGGGAGUCCCUGAGCCACGCCCCCCUGCUGGACACGCCCCCUGCCUUGUGAAUAGACGGCCUGGACUUCCUUGUGGGGAUGCAGCUGAUUGCACAACCCCAUCGGGAGUCGGGGUUAGAAAUACAAACACUACGCCUGAUUGGCUGGAAACAGAGGACGGUAUAAAACCAACAUCUUAUUGACCAAUCAGGAAGCUCGGAUCUGAUUCAGACUGAAUGCAGAUCAUGUGCUCUGAUUCCAGAACUCUGGCUAAAGUGGCCUCCAGCUGCAGGACUUUGG